AUGCCUUUCUACAGUAUCGCCAAGUCGACUCGCAAUCCAUGGGAGUAUUAUGUGAUAACCACGCCGGACCGCAAAACCGCCGACCUUUUCUAUCGCUACCUACAGGAAAGGCCAAUCGACAUUAACCAGCAUCCCAAAGUCUCCAAGCUCUGCCGGACUUCUACGCAAAUGUGGAAGCUCCGGAUGCCCUCCGACAGCAACCUGCAACAUGUUGUCGCAGAGCUUAGCAAUCCAUGGCAUAAACGAUUCGGAGACCUGGUGGGCAGUGUUAUUAUAGAGAAGCACUCCACCAUAGAAGCAAAAGAAACUGCAGGCGUCCCGGUGAUACCACAUAUCGACACAGCCGACAGUCCUGUCAUCGUGAGCGGGGGCGAAUACCUGAUCCGCAACAAGUUCGACCACAGUCAGUACUGGGGCAUGAGCAACGUUUCCGAACGGUCAACCCAGAGACACGUGGAAAGACCCCACGCAACAGCCUUCUGCAUUGAGCUCGCUAACAAGUAUCUCAAGAUUAAAGGGGAACCACUGCUCAUCGACUCCGACGAGGUCUUCAUCUCGGCGAGACAUGACGGAGUGAUCUACCCCAUCUAUUACAACCAGGACGGCAAGCUUUGUACCAAUGUGACACCGGGUUCGUCUGGGGCUUUCAAGUUCGGACACUUCCAGCAGGGGAAUUAUAUGGCUCACGACUUCCACAGCGGCGAGAGUGUUAAUAUCUUUUACUACCCGGAAUACUCGGGUCCAGCUCGCGAGGCGUGGGAGCUUGUUUUGUGA